GGAUGAUUUGCAUUACUGAAUUCAAGAGCAGUAAAAGCUCAUCAGUUUCAUCUCAUGUUCUGUUCCCAUGGAGCGCAGUUGCUCUGAUUUAUGGGGCUGCGCGACAGGUCGCGGCACCAACGCUGCCAUCAUGUCUGGUACAGCGACGGUGUUGCAGCAGUUCGUGAGUGGCCUGAAGAGUCGCAAUGAGGAUACCCGCGCCAAAGCAGCAAAGGACCUCCAACAUUACGUGACAACAGAACUUAGAGAGCUGAGCCAAGAUGAAGCCACCACUUUCUACGAUGAGUUGAACCACCACAUAUUUGAGCUGGUCUCCAGCUCUGAUGUGAGUGAGAAGAAAGGUGGAAUCCUUGCCAUAGUGAGUCUCAUUGGAGUUGAGGGAGGCAAUGCCACCAGGAUCAGUCGCUUUGCGAACUACUUGCGCAACCUGCUGCCUUCCAGUGACCCUGUGGUGAUGGAGAUGGCCUCCAAAGCCAUGGGUCACCUGUCCAUGGCAGGGGACACCUUCACCGCGGAGUACGUUGAGUUUGAGGUGAAGAGGGCACUGGAGUGGCUGGGAGCAGACAGGAAUGAGGGCAGACGUCACGCAGCGGUGCUGGUGCUGAGGGAGCUGGCCGUCAGCGCACCCACGUUCUUCUUCCAGCAGGUCCAGCCUUUCUUUGACAACAUCUUCUACGCGGUGUGGGACUCCAAGCAGGCCAUCCGCGAGGGGGCGGUCUCGGCUCUGAGAGCCUGCCUUAUUCUCACCACCCAGCGCGAGACCAAAGAGAUGCAGAAACCGCAGUGGUACAAGCAAACCUUUGAGGAGGCUGAGAAAGGCUUUGAUGAGACCCUGGCCAAGGAGAAGGGGAUGAACAGGGAUGACCGUGUGCACGGUGCCCUGCUGAUCCUGAAUGAGCUGGUUCGCAUCAGCAGCAUGGAGGGAGAGCGUAUGCGCGAGGAGAUGGAGGAGAUCACGCAGCAGCAGCUGGUGCACGACAAGUACUGCAAGGAGCUGAUGGGCUUCGGGACGAAGCCGCGCCACAUCACGCCCUUCACCAGCUUCCAGUCCGUGCAGCCGCAGCAGUCCAACGCGCUGCUGGGCCUGCUGGGCUACAGCACGCCGCAGGGCUUCCUCAGCUUCGGGGCCACGCCCGUCGCCUCCAAGAGCACGCUGGUGGAGAGCCGCUAUUGCCGAGAGCUCAUGGAGGAGCGGUUUGACCAGGUGUGUCGCUGGGUGCUAAAGUAUCGGACCAGUAAGAACCCUCUGAUUCAGAUGACCAUCCUCAACCUGCUGCCACGGCUUGCUGCUUUCCAGCCCCACACUUUCACUGAUCAGUAUCUGUCCGACACCAUGGGCCACCUGCUGGGCUGCCUGAAGAAGGAGAGGGAGCGCACUGCUGCCUUCCAGGCCCUGGGCCUGCUGGUGGUGGCCGUCAGGACGGAGAUCCAGCCCUACCUCACCAAGAUCCUGGAGAUCAUCAAAGCUGCUCUGCCUCCCAAGGACUUUGCCCACAAGCGACAGAAGACCAUGCAAGUGGACGCCACAGUCUUCACCUGUAUCAGCAUGCUGUCCAGAGCCAUGGGCCCCACCAUUCAGCAGGACAUCAAAGAGCUCUUAGAGCCCAUGCUAGCGGUUGGACUAAGCCCGGCUUUGACGGCAGUGCUGUAUGACCUGAGCCGGCAGAUCCCUCAGCUCAAGAAGGACAUCCAGGACGGCCUGCUGAAGAUGCUGUCGCUGGUGCUGAUGCAUAAACCCCUGCGCCACCCGGGCAUGCCCAAGGGCCUGGCGCACCAGCUGGCCUCGCCCAGCCUCACCAACAUUCCCGAGGCCAGCGACGUGGGCAGCAUCACCCUGGCCCUGCGGACACUUGGCAGCUUCGAGUUUGAAGGACAUUCUCUGACCCAGUUUGUGCGCCACUGCGCCGACCACUUCCUGAACAGCGAGCACAAGGAGAUCCGCAUGGAGGCGGCGCGCACCUGCUCGCGUCUGCUCACGCCCUCCAUCCACCUGAUCAGCGGCCACGGCCACGUGGUCAGCCAGACGGCCGUGCAGGUGGUGGCCGACGUCCUCAGCAAGCUGCUGGUGGUGGGCAUCACUGACCCAGACCCAGACAUCCGCUACUGCGUGCUGGCCUCGCUGGACGAGCGCUUCGACGCCCACCUGGCGCAGGCGGAGAACCUGCAGGCGCUGUUCGUGGCCCUGAACGACGAGGUGUUCGAGAUCCGCGAGCUCGCCAUCUGCACCAUCGGUCGCCUCAGCAGCAUGAACCCCGCCUUCGUCAUGCCCUUCCUGCGCAAGAUGCUCAUCCAGAUCCUGACGGAGCUGGAGCACAGCGGCGUGGGGCGCAACAAGGAGCAGAGUGCCCGCAUGCUGGGCCACCUGGUGUCCAACGCCCCGCGCCUCAUCCGGCCCUACAUGGAGCCCAUCCUCAAGGCUCUCAUCUUGAAGCUGAAGGACCCAGACCCCAACCCAGGAGUGGUGAUCAGCGUGCUGGCCACCAUUGGGGAGUUGGCUCAGGUGAGCGGGCUGGAGAUGAGGAAGUGGAUGGAUGAGCUGUUCCCCAUCAUCAUGGACAUGCUGCAGGACUCGUCCUCCCUGGCCAAGAGACAGGUGGCACUGUGGACCUUAGGUCAGCAGGUGGCCAGCACCGGGUACGUGGUGGAGCCGUACAGGAAGUACCCCUCGCUUCUGGAGGUGCUGCUGAAUUUCCUGAAGACUGAGCAGAACCAAGGAAUCAGGAGAGAGGCCAUCCGUGUGUUGGGGUUACUGGGAGCGCUUGACCCCUACAAGCACAAGGUCAACAUUGGCAUGAUCGACCAAUCCAGAGACGCCUCUGCAGUCAGCCUCUCAGAGUCGAAAUCCAGCCAAGACUCUGCUGACUACAGCACCAGCGAGAUGCUGGUGAACAUGGGCAACCUCCCGCUGGAUGAGUUCUACCCAGCGGUUGCCAUAGUGACGCUGAUGCGCAUCCUGCGCGACCCGUCGCUCUCCAACCACCACACCAUGGUGGUGCAGGCUGUCACCUUCAUCUUCAAGUCCCUGGGGCUCAAGUGUGUGCAGUUUCUCCCUCAGGUCAUGCCCACCUUCCUCAACGUCAUCCGUGUGUGUGACGCCAGCAUUCGGGAGUUCCUCUUCCAGCAGAUGGGCAUGGUGGUAUGCUUCGUCAAGAUCCACAUCCGCCCCUACAUGGACGACAUCUUCACCCUCAUCAGAGAGUACUGGACACCCAACAACCCCAUGCAGAAUACCAUCAUCCUGUUGAUCGAGCAGAUAGUGGUUGCUCUGGGAGGGGAGUUCAAGCUGUACCUGCCCCAGCUCAUUCCCCACAUGCUGCGGGUCUUCAUGCACGACAACAGCACAGGCCGGAGCGUCACCAUCAAGCUCCUCAAUGCUAUCCAGCUUUUCGGUGCCAACUUGGACGACUACCUCCACCUGCUGCUGCCCCCCAUAGUGAAGCUGUUUGAUGCGCCGGAUGUUCCUUUACAGGCUCGCAAGGUUGCCUUGGAGACCUUGGACAGGCUCACCGAGUCCCUCGACUUCACCGAUUACGCCUCUCGCAUCAUCCACCCGAUAGUCCGCACCUUGGACGGCACCCCCGAGCUGCGGUCCACGGGCAUGGACACACUGUCCUCGCUGGUCUUCCAGCUUGGCAAAAAGUACCAGAUAUUCAUCCCCAUGGUGAAUAAGGUGAUGCUGAAGCACAGGAUCAACCAUCAACGUUACGACGUUCUCAUCUGCCGGAUCGUCAAGGGGUACACUCUGGCGGAGGAGGAGGAGGACCCGCUGAUCUUCCACCACCGGCAGCUGCGGGGGAACCAGGGUGACGCGCUGGUCAGCGGCCCGGUGGAGUCGGGCCCCAUGAAGAAGCUGCACGUCAGCACCACCGCCCUGCAGAAGGCGUGGGGCGCUGCCAGGAAGGUGUCGAAGGACGACUGGCUGGAGUGGCUGCGACGUCUGAGCGUGGUGCUGCUGAAGGAGUCGUCCUCGCCCGCCCUGCGGUCCUGCUGGUCCCUGGCGCAGACCUACAUCCCCCUCGCCAGGGACCUGUUCAACGCGGCCUUCCUGUCGUGCUGGUCAGAGCUGAGUGAGGACCAGCAGGACGAGCUGAUCCGCAGCAUCGAGCUGGCCCUCACCUCGCAGGACAUCGCCGAGGUCACGCAGACCCUCCUCAACCUGGCCGAGUUCAUGGAGCACAGCGACAAGGGUCCUCUGCCACUGAGAGAUGACAACGGCAUCGUGCUGCUGGGGGAGAGGGCGGCUAAGUGUCGCGCCUACGCCAAAGCCCUGCACUACAAAGAGCUGGAGUUCCAGAAGGGUCCUUCACCCCUCAUUCUAGAGUCCCUCAUCAGCAUCAACAACAAAUUGCAGCAGCCGGAGGCGGCAUCGGGAGUGCUGGAGUACGCCAUGAAGCAUUUCGGCGAACUGGAGAUCCAGGCGACUUGGUACGAGAAGCUCCACGAGUGGGAAGAUGCUCUGGUGGCCUACGACAAGAAGAUCGACCUAAACAAAGAAGACCCCGAGCUCAUCCUGGGCCGCAUGCGGUGUCUUGAGGCUCUGGGAGAAUGGGGGCAGCUGCAUCAGCAGUGCUGUGAGGAGUGGACGCUGGUCAGCGAGGAGACCCAGGCUAAAAUGGCCCGCAUGGCCGCUGCCGCUGCCUGGGGAUUGGGCCACUGGGACAGCAUGGAGGAGUACACCUGCAUGAUUCCCAGGGACACCCAUGACGGGGCCUUCUACCGGGCCGUGCUGGCCCUGCAUCAGGACCUCUUCUCUCUGGCUCAGCAGUGUAUUGACAAGGCGAGGGACCUUCUGGACGCAGAGCUGACAGCCAUGGCCGGGGAGAGCUACAGUCGAGCCUACGGGGCCAUGGUGUCGUGUCAGAUGCUGUCAGAACUGGAGGAGGUGAUCCAGUACAAACUGGUGCCUGAGCGCCGGGACAUCAUCCGAGAGACCUGGUGGGAGAGGCUACAGGGCUGCCAGCGAAUCGUGGAGGACUGGCAGCGUAUCCUGAUGGUGCGCUCUCUGGUCAUCAACCCGCACGAAGACAUGCGCACCUGGCUUAAGUACGCCAGCCUGUGUGGCAAGAGCGGGCGCCUAGUGAGUGGACACCACGAGGACGUCAGGGAGCAGACUGGACAGAUGGCCCUGGCUCACAAGACCCUGGUGCUCCUGCUGGGAGUUGACCCGUCCAAGCAGCUGGACCAUCCCCUGCCCACGGCGCAUCCCCACGUCACCUACGCCUACAUGAAGUACAUGUGGAAGAGCACCCGCAAGAUUGAUGCCUUCCAGCACAUGCAGCACUUUGUGCAGGGCAUGCAGCAGCAGGCACAGCAUGCCAUCGCCGCCGAGGACCAGCAGCACAAACUGGAGCUGCACAAACUCAUGGCCAGGUGCUUCCUGAAGCUGGGAGAGUGGCAGCUCAGUCUGCAGGGCAUCAACGAGAGCACCAUCCCCAAAGUGCUACAGUAUUACAGCCAUUCCACGGAGCACGACCGCAACUGGUACAAGGCAUGGCACGCGUGGGCCGUGAUGAACUUCGAGGCGGUGCUGCACUACAAGCACCAGAACCAGGGCCGUGACGAGCGCAAGAAGCUGCGGCACGCCAGCGGCGCCAGCGAGGCCAGCAACAGCGACAGCGAGGCCGACAGCGCCGACCACAGCCCCAUCCCCUCGCCCGGACAGAAGAAGGUCAACGAGGACCUCUCGAAGACGCUGCUGCUGUACACGGUGCCUGCCGUCCAGGGCUUCUUCCGCUCCAUCUCCCUCUCCCGCGGGAACAACCUGCAGGACACGCUGAGAGUCCUCACGUUGUGGUUCGACUAUGGCCACUGGCCCGAGGUCAACGAGGCCCUGGUCGAAGGAAUCAAGACCAUUCAGAUCGACACCUGGCUACAGGUCAUCCCGCAGCUGAUUGCUCGUAUCGACACGCCACGAGCCCUGGUUGGCCGCCUCAUCCACCAGCUGCUCACGGACAUCGGACGCUACCACCCCCAGGCUUUGAUCUACCCGCUGACCGUGGCCUCCAAAUCUACCACCACGGCCCGGCACAAUGCUGCUAACAAAAUCCUGAAGAACAUGUGCGAGCACUGCAAUACCUUAGUCCAGCAGGCCAUCAUGGUAAGUGAAGAGCUGAUCCGCGUGGCCAUCCUGUGGCACGAGAUGUGGCACGAGGGACUGGAGGAGGCAUCGCGCCUCUACUUCGGCGAGCGCAACGUCAAGGGCAUGUUCGCCGUGCUGGAGCCCCUGCACGCCAUGAUGGAGAGGGGCCCACAGACUCUCAAAGAGACCUCCUUCAACCAGGCGUACGGCCGCGACCUGAUGGAGGCCCAGGACUGGUGCAGGAAGUACAUGCGCUCGGGCAACGUGAAGGACCUGACGCAGGCCUGGGACCUGUACUACCACGUCUUCAGGAGGAUCUCCAAGCAGCUGCCUCAGCUCACCUCGCUGGAGCUGCAGUACGUCUCGCCAAAGCUGCUGAUGUGCCGGGACCUGGAGCUGGCCGUGCCGGGCACCUACGACCCGAACCAGCCCAUCAUCCGCAUCCAGUCCAUCGCCCCCUCGCUGCAGGUCAUCACCUCCAAGCAGCGCCCGCGCAAGCUCACCAUCAUGGGCAGCAACGGGCACGAGUUCAUGUUCCUGCUGAAGGGCCACGAGGAUCUGCGGCAGGACGAGAGGGUGAUGCAGCUCUUUGGACUGGUGAACACGCUGCUGGCCAACGACCCGGCCUCUCUGCGCAAGAACUUGAGCAUCCAGCGGUACGCAGUGAUUCCUCUGUCCACCAACUCCGGUCUGAUCGGCUGGGUGCCUCACUGUGACACACUCCACGCCCUCAUCCGAGACUAUCGUGAGAAGAAGAAGAUCCUGCUCAACAUUGAACACCGUAUCAUGCUCAGGAUGGCUCCAGACUACGACCACCUGACCCUGAUGGAGAAGGUGGAGGUGUUUGAGCACGCUGUGAACAACACGGCUGGGGACGACCUGGCCAAGCUGCUGUGGCUCAAGAGUCCCAGUUCAGAGGUUUGGUUUGAUAGGCGGACAAACUACACACGUUCCUUAGCUGUCAUGUCUAUGGUUGGCUACAUCUUGGGACUGGGAGAUAGGCAUCCAUCCAACCUGAUGUUGGAUAGGCUCAGUGGAAAGAUCCUCCACAUAGACUUUGGUGAUUGUUUUGAGGUUGCCAUGACGAGGGAGAAAUUCCCUGAGAAAAUCCCCUUCAGACUGACCAGAAUGCUGACUAAUGCCAUGGAGGUGACCGGCCUGGACGGCAACUACAGGAUCACGUGCCACACGGUCAUGGAGGUCUUGAGGGAACACAGAGACAGUGUCAUGGCCGUGCUGGAGGCCUUCGUGUACGACCCCUUACUCAACUGGAGGCUGAUGGACACCAACACCAAAGGAAACAAGCGAUCCAGGAACAGGACCGACUCCUACUCCGCUGGACAAUCCGUGGAAGCGCUGGACGGCAUCGAUCUCGGCGAGACCACCCACAAGAAGCCAGGAACCACCGUGCCUGAAUCCAUCCACUCCUUCAUUGGUGAUGGCCUUGUACAGCCCGAGGCUCUGAACAAAAAAGCCAUCCAGAUCAUCAACCGGGUGCGAGACAAGCUGACUGGUCGGGAUUUCUCUCACGACGAGACGUUGGAUGUGCCGACCCAAGUGGAGCUUCUAAUUAAGCAAGCAACAUCGCAUGAGAACUUGUGCCAGUGCUACAUCGGAUGGUGUCCAUUUUGGUAGAGGAGCACCUCAAGCCUUGCUUUGCAGUCCUUGUCCUUUGCUAAUAUUUCUACAGUGGCCAUAAUUCAUUCAAGGAGAAAUGAGUCUGCUUUAUAGACUAGCGAUGAUGUGUUGCAAUUAAUAAGACAUUUUCAAGUAUUUCAAACUUUUAUUAACUUAAUAUCUCAUAACUGAAGGUUAACUGAAGGUUAACUGAUGCACAAUAUGAAUGGAGAGACUUGAUUACACAUAUGUUGACUAUGAAUAAAUGAUGAAUAAAUGAUUUGUCAUUCAUUCAUUCAUUCCUGGAACUUUUCAGUAUGGUGCCAUGCUCUACUAUAAUGAUAUACAUUAUACGUUCAAUGUCUCAAAAAAUAUAUGACUGCACUGAAUGUCUUUUCAUCCAUACCAAUCCAUUUUCUUGUGUCAUACAAAUAAUAAAUCUUAGUAAAGGUUUUA